CGAAUCUUACGGGAAGAAGAAGGUGCCAGGUGGGACAUAUAUUUAUAUAUAUAUACAUAAUAUAUACACGGUAAGCUUCGCGCCUCCGUCAAAUCACGUGUUGUUGUUUUAUAUCGGCUUUUCCGUUAAAAUAGACGUCAGAACACCGCCGUUAAUCGCCGUGGUCCGUGAGGAUUCAACCCCAGAGAGAAAGAGAAGACCCUGAGAGACGCCAUCUGUUCCCUUCUUCUUCUUCUUCUUCUUCUGUGUCCUCUCUCUCUCUCUCUUCUCGAUCUGACGACGAUCCUCAUUCAUAAACCCUACUCUUCGAUCUUAAUCCUAAGAUUUCUGAUUGGAAUUGCGGUAAUUUGAGGUUUUCCCGAUCGGGAAAUUAACUGGCUCGAUCCGCGUCUCUGAUUGGUUCUGAUCGGAAUAUCAGAUUCUGAUUCCGGAGAACUGGAGAGAUAGGUAGAGUUAAAGUAGGUGGUGAUGCAGAGACGGAGUCCGCCGAAGCAUAGGCAUGACGGAACAUCGCCGCUUCCAUUGGGAAUGGAUUGGAGUCCUCCCCCGCGCAAAUGGAAUGGUAGAGAUACAGUAUGGCCUCAUGAUCCACGAACCGGAUGGAGUUAUUGUGUCACUAUACCUUCAUGGAUUGUUCUUCCAAAGUCAAGAAACUCAGACCCUGUAGUGUUUUACAGGGUUCAAGUAAGUUUGCAAUCCCCUGAAGGUGUUACCACAAUGCGAGGAGUGUUGAGAAGAUUUAAUGAUUUUCUUAAGCUAUUAUCCGAUCUUAAAAGAACAUUUCCUAGAAAAAGUUUUCCGUCAGCUCCUCCCAAAGGGCUCUUGCGUAUGAAAAGCAGAGCAGUGUUAGAAGAGAGAAGGUGCUCUCUUGAGGAGUGGAUAACGAAGCUAUUAUCUGAUAUAGAAUUGGCAAGAAGUGUCGUAGUUGCAUCCUUUCUUGAACUAGAAGCUGCUGCUAGGUCUGCAUGCCAAGAUGUAGAUCAGAAUGCCUCUGAUGCAAAUAAUGAUAGAAAUAGCACAAGUUCCUCUCCUUUGGUUCACCCAAGUCUGAGCUUGUUUCAUGCGGGUGGGAGUUCUCUCACAUCUGACUAUGGCAGUGAUACUGCUUAUGAAACAUCUGAGCUUGGAUCUCCAAGUUUAGGACAGGAUGAUAUUUCUGAAAUUGGCACCGAAGAUCUAACUCUGGAUGAGGAUAUUACAAAUCCAAUAGAGAAGCUCGUUAACUUCAGCAUGUCCAACAUUGACGAGGGACUUUCAAUGAGCCAAACUAUUCUUGAGCAACUUGAAGACUUUCCCAAGCAUAAAGCUCGCUCAAGAUAUGUCAAUAGUAUCCUAGGGAAGGAUGUGUAUAAUGGAAAUGCUUCUAAAGGUGUAUUUCUUGCUAACAAUGGCUCACGACUUCUUUCUGAACCAGAAUCAUCCCACUCAGUAAUGCAUGAUAGAAAGCUUUCUGUUGAGAGUGCUGAUGGGUUUGCUCUACACACUGGUGAAACAUCAACACCUGGUCUCCUAAGUUCAAGCAGUGAUAGCUACCUGGAUCUACGCCGAGGUCCUGCUGUAUCACUUGGAGCUGGGCUUGCUGGUAACUCGGAGAGGCAGGGUAGUGCACAAAUAGUUCUUCCACUGGAGCUGCGGAAUAAAUUGAACAGAAUUUUGUUAGCCACGAAUGAGAGACUUGUUAAUGCAAAAACAGAUAUGGAAGAUCUUAUAGCAAGACUAAAUCAAGAGAUAGCGGUGAAAGAUUACCUGAACAAAAAGGUUGAUGAUCUAGAAGGGGAACUUGAAACUACUAAGCAGAGAAGCAAAGAGAACUUGGAGCAAGCUAUUAUGAGCGAGAGGGAAAGAUUCAAUCAGAUGCAGUGGGAUAUGGAAGAACUUAGACAAAAAUCUUACGAGAUGGAAAUGAAGUUAAAAUUAAGAGCUAAGCGAUAUGAAGAAUUAGAGGCAAAAUCAAAAGCAGAUAUUAAAGUUCUUGUCAAAGAGGUCAAAUCUCUGAGGCGUUCUCAUGUGGAAUUAGAGAAAGAGCUGACACAAUCUUUGACAGAUAAAACUGAAGCCGAGAAACUACUCAAACAGGAAAGAGAACUACUUGAGAACACUGUAGCGGCUAGAAAAAAGCUGCUUAGUGACUGCAGGAUUCUCCACGACCGGCUUAAAGAGUACAACUUGAAUUUUUCAGUGGACGGAAACAGUAACUUCGCAGAGGACUCAACUGCAGUAUCAGACGCUUUGCGUUUGCUGUCAAUAUCUGAUGAUCAAAUUGAGGAGGCUCAGCUACUUGCCGGGUUUGAUGAAAAUGCUGCUGCUCAAGAUAUCGAUAAAUCUCUCAGCACCGAUACCGAAACAAGAAUUGUGGAGGACGAGCUGAGGAAGAUACUGGCAAACAUCUUUGUUGAGAACGCGAAAUUGAGAAAACAGGUGAACUCUGCAAUGCUUCGUGCUCUCCAGAAAGACUCAAAGACCAACGAAGCUGUGAAUGAGGAAAAUGGUGAUGAGAAAGUAGAGGCAUCAACAGAGACAUUAAAGUGAUAGGUAUAACAAUAGCUGCUUUGACCUGAGGAUAGACUGCCAUUUUUUUCUCUUUAAUCAAAGGACUGGUCGCUUUAUAAUACAAAACGGUUGGUCUCUUGUUGAAGCUGAGUACAUAAGGCAAAAAGAUGUGUAUUGAGUACGUUUGUUGUAUAAUUGUAUUGCACUAUCCUCUGUUGCAUAUACUUAGUCUUUCUUGUGUUCUGAACUCAGUUCUAGCUCGUAUAGAAUUAUUAUCAAC